AAGGGCGGAACUAGGUUAAUGACUGCAUGUCAUACACAUGUACACACUAUAGCGAAAAGAGACUGAUGCGGGUGUCGUCUACUUGGGAUGACGACGGGAUGUGCCGUGGGAUUACCGUCGAGGGGGAUUUGUGUUAGGUACCCUAUACCCUAUGCUAAUGCUGUGCACCUCUCCAGCCCUAUACUCCAUUAUCUUCUGUCUCACCGUCUAUCUACAGAGCUAUUUUCCCAAGUCCCAAGGUUACCUUCACUCCUGCCUGCCGCGGACCCGUAGGGCAGAUUGUGACACGAACAAAAACACCCAGCAGAGCAACGUAGCAGCGCUAUCCGUAAGAGUGUCGCUAAUGGAAACCAUCUUGGCGGGGAAUAUGUAACAUUUACGUGCAUACAAAAAAUGUCUAAGUUUGGGGGCGGGC